AUGAUGAACGACCUGACCUCCGAGCUGGGCAGAAGGAAACGAGCGGCUUGGGGAGCAUUCAAGAGCAUCGAGGAUGUAGUGAAGAGGGCUGAGAAAAUACUGCUCCUUGUUCACCUAUUCAAUACCACCACUCUUCCCGCAUUGUCCUACGCUUCAGAAAGCUGGGCGUCUCGCAAAAAGGGAGAAAAUGCUAUCAAAGUCAUAGAACCUGCAAUUGAAAUGCCGAUGCUAGAAGUAUCCCGCUUUAAGCAAGUCAAAGAGGAAUCAUUCGAAGUUCACUCCUACGUCACCGGUCGAAGAUCAAAGACGCUGCCGCAUCUGCCAAGGAAAGUGAAAUUAGAUGGGGCGGACAAUCGUGUUGCGUUCUAA